AUGGAGGAAAUAAGACAUGAUCAGCCUCCGCAAAAAUUGAAUCCAAUUGAAAGAACGAAUGUAAUAUCUAGACUAUUUUUCUGCUGGCUCAUUCCUUACUUUGCCAAAGGUUAUAAAAGAGAUCUAACUGAAGAUGAUAUGUACAAACAUAGAUCUGAACAUGAUUCAGGAUCGCUGGGUGCAAAACUGGAGCGAAGAUGGAACAAACACAUUCAAAAUAACAAAAACCCAGCCUACUGGAAAGUACUCAUGGGAACAUUUUUUUGCGAAAUAUUUUUAUUAAAUAUAUUGGCUUUUACGACUGAAGGUAUAAGAAUGUCUCAACCGUUCCUGAUUUCAAAGCUACUAAAAGUAUAUGAAGAAAUACCAACAGAAGAGAGCAUGAACGACAUUUAUUUGUACGCCGGUUUAAUCAUAGUUACUUCAUUUCUUAAUGUUAUCCUUGUACAUAGAUUCAAUUUGGCUGUAAUGCAAAUAGGAAUGAAGAUGAGAAUAGCAUCCUGUUCGUUAAUCUAUAGGAAGUCUUUAAAGCUUAGCAAAUCAGCUUUAGCAGAGACAACAAUAGGUCAAAUGGUAAAUUUAUUAUCAAAUGAUGUAGGAAGAUUCGAUCAAGCAACACAUCACCUUCAUCAUUUUUAUUUGGCACCCAUACAGACAACCAUCGUGAUGGUGCUGUUAUAUCUUGUUGUUGGAUGGACAGCACUACUUGGAACUGUAUUCUUGCUACUGUCCAUACCACUUCAAUCCUGGUUGGGUAAAAAGACAUCACAAUUUAGGUUAAAAACUGCUACACGUACAGAUGAAAGAGUAAGACUAAUGAACGAAAUUAUCUCUGGAAUCCAGGUCAUUAAAAUGUACACUUGGGAGUAUUCCUUUGCAAAACUUGUAGAAUAUGUAAGAAAGAUGGAAAUGAAGUAUAUCCGAAAAACGUCUGUAAUUCGAGGACUUCUUAUGUCUAUGACCACAGUAUUAAAUAAAGGUGCUGUUGCAAUUAGCAUAAUUACUUACGUAAUCUCAGGAAAUACCCUAACUGCUUCAUACGCCUAUACAGUAGCUUCUUACUAUCGACUUCUAGGAUCUAUAACUAUGUGGUUCCCCCAGGCCGUAUCUCAAGGUUCCGAAAUGUUUAUCUCAAUGAAGAGAAUUCAAAGCUUUUUACUGUUUGACGAACUAAAGGCUGACAAACAUUUUGAACCUGGGAAAGAAUUGGAGGACGAUAAAAAGCGAUAUAAUUCUAUUACUGAAAAAGUUUUACAAACGUCAAAUGGAAGUAUUCAUAUUAAAAAAGCAUCGGCAAAAUGGCUAAAAUCACAACCAGACAAUAAUUUAGAAAAUAUUAAUAUGGAUGUGACAGCGGGUGAGGUUGUAGCUGUUGUUGGAUCUGUAGGCAGCGGAAAAUCAACGUUAUUGCACAUAAUCAUGAAAGAAUUAGAACUUCAAAGUGGUUCUGUAGAUAUAACUGGUACAGUGUCUUAUGCUUCCCAAGAACCAUGGUUAUUUGGUGGCAGCAUAAGACAAAACAUUCUUUUUGGAGAACAAUUCGAUCAGGAAAAGUACGAUGAAGUGGUUAAAGUAUGUGCCUUACAAAGAGAUUUCACAUUAUUUCCGCACGGAGAUAGAACUUUAGCAGGAGAAAGGGGAGUUACUCUUAGUGGCGGACAACGAGCAAGAAUAAACUUAGCUAGAGCAGUCUAUAAAGAAGCUGAUAUAUAUUUAUUAGAUGAUCCCCUCUCAGCCGUUGACACUCAUGUAGGCAAACAUCUCUUUGAAGAAUGCAUUUGUGGAUAUCUAAGUAAUAAGUGUGUCGUAUUAGUAACGCAUCAAUUACAACAUUUAAAGAACAUUGAUAAGAUCUACUUAAUGACAAACGGUAAGAUAGCAGUAUCAGGAUCUUACUCUGAUAUAAGAGAGUCGAAUACAGAGUACAGUAAAUUAUUAGCUGACAUGGAAGAGGAGGAGGAAGAAAGCAGAAGAAAAUCUCAGCGGGUUGUGACUAAAUCUGAAAAAACCGAGAAAGAAGCUGCUAUCCAGGUUUUAAAACGUGAAGGUACAGGAAGUGGUAAUAUAUCUGAUCACGUUUAUAUGAGUUAUGCCAGAGCGGGAGGAAAUUUAAUUAAAGUGUUUCUGUUGAUAUCCUUGUUUUUCCUUGGCCAGGGUUUGGAUAGUUUAUCUGAUUAUUUUAUAACUUUCUGGGUAAAUAUCCAACAAUGGAACUCAACCAAGAUUAUAAUAAAUUCAACAGAUCCAGAUGCAGAAAUCUAUCACUCAUUUGAAAAUUGGUGGCUGACUCCUUUGUUCACUUCCAAGAAUACUGUUUAUUUUUAUACUAUCCUUGUAGGAUCAGUCGUUAUUAUUGUUAACAUUAGAUCACUAAGUUUUUAUUUGUGGUGUAUAGCAGCAUCAACAAAAAUGCACAAUAAGAUGUUCAUGAAUAUUGUAUAUAGCCCAAUGAGAUUUUUUAAUACUAAUCCGUCUGGAAGAAUACUUAACAGAUUUUCUAAAGAUAUCGGCUCAGUGGAUGAAGUGUUACCAACGACUUUAUUGGAUACAGUACAAAUAGCUCUAUCUGUGGCGGCUAUUACUGCUGUAAUAGGAAGUCUUACAUAUUGGAUUUUGAUACCCACAGUGGCCAUAGCAGUUUUCUUCUACUUUUUGAGGGUAAUUUUCUUAGAAACAAGUCGUGACGUAAAACGAGUCGAAUCAGUUACUCGAAGUCCAAUUUAUACUCACCUUACAGCUUCCUUGCAGGGAUUAACCACCAUUAGAGCAUUUCGGGCACAAGAUAUUCUUAAAGAAGAAUUCGAUAGAUAUCAAAACUUACACAGUGCUGCAUUCUUUAUGUAUCUUGCGGCGAAUAGAACUUUUGGUUUUUGGUUAGAUUUCAUAUGCGUUAUAUACGUUGGUUUGGUCAUAGUAGCGUUAGUUUUUGUAAAGAGUGAACAAUAUGGUGGUAAUAUGGGUCUAGCACUCACUCAAACAUUAGGACUCACUGGUAUGUUCCAAUGGGGCAUGCGUCAAUGGAGUGAACUUGAAAACCAAAUGACAUCCGUUGAAAGAGUUCAGGAAUACGCAGACCUAAAACAGGAAGACGAUGAGCAUAGCAUUGAACCACCGAAAACUUGGCCACAUGCUGGAGAAAUACAAUUUGAUAAUAUGUCGCUUUAUUAUACACCAGACGAUCCUCCUGUACUUAAAAAUCUCAGUUUUACUAUCAACCCUUCAGAAAAAAUUGGUAUUGUAGGAAGAACUGGGGCAGGAAAGUCAUCUUUAAUUCAAGCUCUCUUCCGAUUGACCCAUAUCGAAGGCAGGAUUUUGGUGGACGAUAUUGAUACUAAGAAAAUAUCCUUAAAGAUGCUUAGAUCUAAAAUUUCAAUUAUACCUCAAGAACCAGUAUUAUUUUCUGGAACUUUAAGAAAUAAUUUGGAUCCUUUCGAUGAGUAUACUGAUGAGGCGCUAUGGAACGCAUUGGAAGAGGUGGAAUUAAAGCAAGCAGUAGACGAACUGCCAGCAGGUUUAGCCAAUAAAAUGGCUGAAGGAGGUACUAAUUUCAGUGUAGGACAGAGACAAUUGGUCUGUCUAGCAAGAGCUAUAGUUGGCAACAACAAAAUUUUAGUCCUUGAUGAAGCAACUGCAAACGUUGAUCCAUACACAGAUGCUUUAAUUCAAAAAACAAUCAGAAAGAAGUUUGCUAAUUGUACGGUCUUAACAAUCGCUCACAGAUUGAAUACUAUUAUGGAUUCGGAUAAAGUUCUAGUGAUGGAUGCUGGAAAAGCUGUAGAGUUUGAUCAUCCUUUUACUCUUUUGAAAAAUAUCAAUGGUGUUUUCUAUUCUCUAGUUAUGCAAACAGGCAAAACAACGGCAAAACAUCUAAUCGCAAUAGCAGAACAAAGUAAAACAAUUCGAGAUAAUAAUACUGUUUUCUAA